CCCACAAUCAUAAUUUCUCUCUAUCUUUCUUUUUCUCGUUCGUCGCCCUCUCUCUGUCGCUCUUUAUAGCGCUCGAACACGAACUCGAUGAUGGCAGCAGACCGUUUCCACGAACUCAGUCCGAUUUUAGUUCUUAACCGGUGAACGACGUCGUAUGAACGAGCUCGGACCUGUUGCUCGACGCGUUCGAUUCGAAAGGAAGACGUUUUUUGGUCCUUUGAGCCGGUGUUUUAAACUUUUAUCCAGUUUUUAGGAUUUGGUGCUUGUGUGCUUUGGAUAACUUGUGUGUGUGUAUAAUAAUUUUGUUGCUAAAACGAUGGUGGUUUAAUUAUGGACUAAUGAGCUAUUCUAUAAUAUGCACCAUCAGGGAAUGAAUUAAACCAGUUCAAAUCACAAUCACUUGUUACUAAUCGAACCUCAGUUGAGUCAUCAAUAAUUGAUGAAUCACUUCUCUCGGUAAAGAAGCCAUCGUCGUUUAAGAUGGUGGUUACCUAAAAGACCGCAAAUUUUACGUGGAAAAAAAGAGGAAGUAAUACGACCCAGGUCCGGUAUAUCAUAUAUAUUAUUAUGAGAGACUUAGAUGUGCACCGAGAUAUACAGCUAUCUUGACUUGGCGAAAUAUUAUGCGGUGGCAAGUGUUGAGUUAUACCGACGAGUGUGUGUGUGUGUAUGUGUUGUUGAAACGGGUUCAGUGAACGCCGUGUAUAGACCGUGAAAAAGUAGAAAAUGACGAUGGAGCAACCGCAGCAGAAUGGUGGUACUACGAGGAGUCUUAGCGUUUUAGAUUUGGCGGCCAUGCGUAGACUCUUAGAUGCCGAAAGUACCGCGGGUACCUGCCCCAGCUGCGAAAUGCCCUUCGACAAGGGCAAAAAGCGACGACUGAUCGACAACUGCGGCCACGAGCGUUGCUACUCGUGCAUGUUCACCAACGAGGUGUGCCCCCUAUGUUCCUUAAAUGACGUGAUCUCAAAUACAGAUGGUCCUACCUUAAAAGAACUGCGAUGCAGCGGUCUGAGAGGUUCAGAGAUAACCUUAUACGGAGAUUCUCCGUCCUUACAAAUAGAUAAUAUAGAAAUAAUUCAACCUAGAACCAAAGUUAAAACUAACGGACAUUUUACCAAUUUUAUGAAGAUUCGUAGUGAAAAAUCCCCAAACAGAACGGACGCGGGACAUCCGGAGAACCUGCCGAAAACGCGACCCAGUAACCCGCGAUCGAGACAGGAUCAGAACGUGAUGACUCAGAGCUGCCCCACUCCGCCCCAAUCCAGACGGAAAUUUUUUCUGAGUCCCAAGGUGAUGCGCAGCCCGUUUCUGAGUAGGAAUUGGAGACAGCAAACGGACGGAGCCAUGUCAGCGUCAAUGACGAAUUCAGUAACGUCCGAGGCGAAGCAUUGGCCCAGCGUCGUAUUGGGCAAAAUCCGAUCGCUAUGGAGCGCUGGGAACAGCGACCACGCCGGAUUAAAUCAACUGGUGUCAUCAGAUGACGAAGCGUCUAUUAAGGCCCCUUCAAUGAAGAAAUCUACGGAGAACGACAUGUACACGCGCUUGGGAUUGCUUCUCGGUGACAGGGCCAGAAGAUCUAAAGGCAAUCAAGUCUACAACCCGGAAUCCUGUUCGUCCCUGGCCAGCUACGAAACCGGCGCGAUGAUGUCCACCAACACCAGUCCAGUGUCAACGUUGACGGGCAGCUCCGAAGACCCACAUCGGACCAAUCCGAACUCAGACAGCGUCGCAUCACUUAUGUCAAUGUCCAUGUCCGGUCAGAGUAAUUGCAGUUCUAGUCCAGUCAGUAGAAGACAUAGCGUCACCACGACCCAGCCUGGCCAAGUCGAAGAUCUUCACCUCUUCAAGAAUCGAAGAACGUGCGUGCGAAGAUCGGCGAGAGCCGGGAUAAGUUUGAAGGGAAUCGUGGAUCCGAAAGUGGUGUUUGCCCAAUACAGGACGCCCCAGUUGACCCUGAAACCCUUAUUUUUCGAGGUGCCUUUGCAGGAACCGGAUCCUUUGUUCUUGGGACGUCACUGGCUUAUCCGGAACAUGGAGGAAGUCAUUAACUCGUCUAGUCCAGGCAUUCUACUCACUGGUAAGCCAGGCACAGGCAAGACAGCCCUGAUCCUCCAACUGGUCGAGUUCAGCUGCUUCGGUAGAAAAAGAGAACCGGUUUACCAAUCGAUACACUCACCAGAAAGAUCCAGGUCUCCCCAAUCUACAAUUUACGGACCAAUAGACUUGGUAUCGGAAAAAAUCAAGCAGCUGGCAGGAAGCAUCGUCGCUUAUCACUUCUGUCAAGCGGAUAACAACAACACUUGUUUGGUUCCCGAUUUUAUUCAUUCCUUGGCGGCUCAGCUGUGCCAGGCACCACAACUUGCCGCCUACAGAGAACAUCUUUUAAGCGAGUCUACCUUACAAAACAUUUUGUCUUUAAAAGAGUGUAUAGCGAAUCCAGACGUUGCUUUUACCACCGGGAUCCUGGAACCUUUAGCUAGCCUCAGGAGAAUCGGAAAAAUCGAUAAUGUCAAUUGUACCAUUUUAGUAGACGCUUUAUGUGAGGCCGAGUAUCAUAGACCGGACCACGGAGACACCAUAACGACAUUCUUGUUAAAACAUAUUCCAAACUUUCCCUCGUGGCUAAAGAUUGUCGCCACCGUGAGGACGCAUCUGCAAGAUCUCACCAAACAGUUUCCAUUUACUAGGAUUAGCUUGGAUAGCUUUCCAUCCAAUGAUGUAAUCCACAAAGAUAUUCUUGGGUAUAUCAAUUAUAGGUUGCAAAAGAGCCCUAGCAUCCAAAGCAAUAUUACUUUGACAAACAAUGGAAAAAUCGAGAGUGGCAGCGUGUCUCAACACAAGUUCUCACAACAUUUGUUGAAUUUAUCGCAAGGGUCAUUUUUGUUUGCCAAACUAACCCUGGAUCUCCUGGAGAAGGGCCAAUUGGUAGCUAAAUCUUCUGGAUAUAAAGUGCUUCCUGUAACUUUAUCACAAAUAUACCUUCUACACUUUAAUUUAAGAUUCCCUACAAUACGUUCUUUUGAAAAAGUUGUUCAUAUACUAGCAGUAUGCUUGGCAGCCCUAUACCCUCUUACCCUAGUCGAGAUAUUUUAUUCAGUAAACGCUUUACUAGUAGACAACUUCUUAGCAUGGAAAGAAUUCUUGCAAAGAUUCAAACUACUAUCAGGCUUCUUAAUAAAACGCUUGGAUAAUACUUACAUGCUCUUCCAUCCGUCAUUCAGGGAGUGGCUGAUCAGGAGGGACGAGAACGAGGCCACAAAAUUCCUAUGUGAUCUACGGUCCGGCCACGCGGCCAUAGCAUUCAGACUAUCCAGAGUCCAGGCUCCACUGGAUCCCGAAAAAACCCUGGAACUAGGCCACCAUAUACUAAAAGCGCACGUCUACAGAAACAUGUCCUUAACGAGCUUAAGCUCUCGGGACUUACAAGCAUUCUGGCUCACCCAAAGCUCCGAGGACGUGUCGGCAGCAGUCUGCAGCAUGAGAAACAUCUACAGUCCCAACGUAAAAGUAUCCAGACUGUUAUUAUUAGCUGGUGCGAGUCCCAACCAUAUAACAGAGUUCCUAGGCAAGGCCCCGGUGCUAUGCAUGUUCGCCAACGAAGGAAAUGUUCCCAUGGUGUCUCUAUUAUUGGAAUUUGGUGCCGACGUAGAGCUGACCAAUAACCAAGGACAAACAGCUCUAUCGCUGGCUUCCUCCAAAGGACAUUGCGACGUGGUGAGGCAACUUGUGGCCGCAGGUGCUAGUCCCGGACACGCGGACGCAGUGGGUUAUUGUCCUUUGGUGCAUGCCGCUAGGAAUGGCUGUUUGAAUGUGGUGGGGUAUUUGUUGGCUUGCGAUUGGAUACUGAGGAACGAGAACGACGUGGAGUUGGCAGAAGCGGCUCAGCAAGCGUUAAUUGCCGCUGCCGGACAAGGACAUACCGAGAUCGUGGAGUAUUUGUUGGAUAUGGCGGAGGUGACCGCUGAUAUGGCAGAUUCGAUAACAGGAGAAACUGCUUUAACGGUCGCCGCAUCCAACGGUUGCCACACAGUAUGUUCGGCCCUAAUCAGUCGAGGAGCAAGCAUAUCUUUAAAAAAUAGAAAAGAAGUUACACCGCUCCUGAUUGCUGUCAAGGAGGGACAUUGGGCAGUCGCCGAGAGACUCAUUCAAAACCACGCCGGUAUAGAACAAGUGGACGAGUUGGGACGUACCCCGUUAAUGUUGGCAGCCUCUGAGGGACAUUUGGGACUCAUUGAUCUCCUUCUGGAUAAGGGAUCUCAGAUCGACAAAGAGGAUCACGAAGGCCUGACUCCUUUAUGCUGGGCCUGUCUAAGAGGAAAAGUGCAAUCGGCUCAGAGUCUGGUUGAACGUGGGGCCAACCUGAGUCACACCGAUAAAACUGGAAGAACCCCUCUGGAUCUGGCCGCCUACAAUGGAAAUCCCACUUUGGUACAGUUUUUGCUUGAUAGAGGCGCUGUAAUAGAACACGUGGACAUAAACGGUAUGCGACCAUUGGACCGGGCUAUAGGAUGUAAAAACAUACAGGUGGUGCAAUGUUUUUUGAAAAAGGGCGCGAAGUUAGGACCGGCUACGUGGGCCAUGGCAACAGGCAAACCAGAUAUCAUGCUUAUUCUGCUAAACAAACUUCUUGAAGACGGUAACGUGCUAUACAGGAAGAGUCGUUUAAAAGAGGCCGCACACCGGUACCAAUACGCGCUCAAAAAAUUCCCUACAGAAGACCAAGGAGAGCACAACCAAGCAUUCCAUCAGUUACAAAUUAAUUUUCUCUUGAAUUUCUCUAGGUGCAAACGAAAAUUAAAUGAACCGGAAGAAGCGAUCGAACUAGCCAACGAGGCUUUAGCAAUGAAACCGGACUCCUACGAGGCCUUUUACGCCUUGGCGAAGGCCCGAUUGGACCUUGGAGAGUACGCGUGCGCCCUACGAGACGUCCAAGACGCCCAGAAGUUGGCGCCCACCAGAAACGUCGAGAUCAAAAAGGUGCUGACCUUCCUGCAAGAAGAAAUCGUCAAUAAAAUGUCACCCGGGAAUCGAAUGUUGGGCAACCGGGCAUACGCGGUCUCCGUAGAUACUUUACAUCAGUAGGAAAAUUUAAUCAAAUGAAUGUGCCUUAUCAAGUGCUAAAAAAAAAUGGUAGAAGACUGAUUUCGAAAUGCAUAUAAUUUAAAAAAAUUAAAUUUUUAAAUUAUUUUUUAUACUUAGAUAAUAGGUGUAUGGGGUGGCGAAAAGGCUUGAGCAGGUAUAUCAAAGGUCUUUCCGCGAACGUUUCGUGCAAGGUGUUCUAAAAUUUAAUUACAACAACACUGCCCAACCAUCGAACAAAAUACGUGACACUUUUUAAUGCUUGAAUAAUAUUUGGUACACCUUGUACGACCCACUACUAGAAUAUGUACAUAAUAAUUGUUUACUAUUUAUUUUUGUUGUUUGUUUUCUUUUUAUUGUUGGAUUAAAAAUCAUUCCGAUUGCUGAUACUACGUAUACUCGCAUCUUCACAUGAUUGACCGGUCUUCAAUUGAUUGGCCGUUUAUUUCCUUAGCUUUUAGUUGAACUCACUUAGAGCAAUAAUUAAUUAAGUGCAAUUAUUGUAUAUUGGUUUUUUUUAUUAUUUUAUAUUUAAGUAUACCGGAUGGUCGUGAAAGGGCCUAGUAAAAAGGACUUUCCAGGACUCUCCCUGUACCGCAUGGACACUUAUUUUAUCUCUUUUUUGUUACUUUACUGUGAUCAUCAGCUACGUAUUUUUGAGGUUUUUUUUGUUUCUUUUAAUGCUGGAUCAUAUUUUAUUUAUUGUCUUGCCAAAUUUUUUAUGGCAGUUAAACUGUCUGCGAUUUUGUAGUAUAUACGUGUGAAAAUUGUAAUGUAUUUAUUGAUUUGUAAUUUAUUUUAAAAAAAAAUUGAUGGUAAAAGACAAAAUAAAGGCUUAUAUUACUUAGAAAA